AUGGCUCAUGUUUCUGAUUCCUUCCGGAAGUUUUUUCCUCCUGCUCAUUCUCAGGACUCCAGCAGUGACAUCAGCACAGCUAACCUCCUUUUGCUGAGCAGGCAGAAUCGUCUUAUGAAUGGGAAUAAUCAAAACUUCCAUCCAUCGUCACCUAUGGGAAGAGUUAUUCUUAUUAACACACCACUAGAAGCUAACAGUGAUGAGAGUGAUGCUAUCAAUGCCUUUACGGUGGAGAAGAGCAAAGAGGGGAAGCUGGGUUUCAGUGUGCGUGGGGGCUCUGAACACGGCCUGGGUAUUUUUGUCAGUAAGGUGGAAGAGGGCAGCAGUGCAGAACAAGCUGGACUUUGUGUUGGGGAUAAAAUCACAGAGGUGAACAGUGUGAGCUUGGAGAAUAUUACAAUGGGAAGUGCUAUCAAGGUCCUGACAGGGAAUAACAGGCUGCGAAUGGUUGUGAGACGUAUGGGCAAAGUGCCAGGGAUAAAGUUUUCCAAAGAAAAGACUACAUGGGUUGAUGUGGUAAACAGGCGCUUGAUUGUGGAGAGGAGUGGCUCAAGUCCCUCAGAUACCAGCUCUGAGAUAGCAAGGCGACGCAUCAUCCAUCUCUACACCACAUCUGAUGAUUAUUGCUUGGGUUUCAAUAUCCGUGGAGGGAAGGAGUAUGGCCUUGGCAUCUAUGUCUCCAAAGUGGAUCCUGGCGGGCUGGCUGAGCAACAUGGGAUCAAAGUUGGUGACCAAGUCCUUGCAGCCAAUGGAAUCAAGUUUGAUAACAUCAGCCAUAGCAGGGCAGUGGAAGUGCUAAAGGGGCAGACCCACAUCAUGUUGACCAUUAAGGAAACAGGGAGAUUCCCGGCAUACAAGGAAAUGGUGGCUGAAUACUGCUGGCUCAACAGAUUGACCAAUGGCCAGUUGCAGCAGCUGUCCCAAACCUCUGAAUCCAGCUCGUCCAUGUCAUCCUAUUCCUCAGGGACCCCCUUAAGCUCCAUGAAUGGCCUAUUUAUGGCCCCAGUUCCCAGCUCAGCAGAAAGUUGCAUGGUUGAUGUUGGCAUCUCCACAGAGUUGCCAGUUCAGAGCCAUUUGUCACAGAGGGCAGAGACUGCCAUGCAGACGGAACCAUUGCCUGAUGGGGCCUUCUUUUCAGGGAGCCUGAUCUCAGAAACCCAGAGGAUUGUGCAGCCCAUGGAAAUCCUAAAAGACACGGCCAUUCGCACAGAAAGCCUCAAGGAGUCCUUCCACCUAAGAAAGCACCAGCCAUUUGUUAGCAAGGAAAUCACAGAGCCAUCCCCCAAAAUGGCUCUUCUACUAGCGCUCAGUCAUCCCCGUCUGCCCAUUAAGCGAUCACAGAGCUAUCUGACCAUCUGUGAGGAAAAGCAUCAAAGAAAGAAAGGGAAGCUUGUAUCAUCAGAGAAGAAAGUCACUCUCCAGCGCUCCAAAACCCUGAUGAACCUGUUCUUUAAGAGCACCCGAGUAGGGAGGCCAAGCUCAACAACUGGAUCCCUGGAAUCACAGAAGCAGCCCAAAUUACCUGCACAGCCUGACGGGGAGAAAGGAAAAGGAUGCUCCUUUGUGUCUCUGAGCUCCAAGGCAUCUAACAAACACAGUGGUGGUGACAGCCACCUGCUGCUCAUUGAGGACAUGGCCAGGAAGCUGCUGAUGGAAGAUGAAGUGGCAGCUGUAUUGCGACACUGCACCCGAUACAUCCGAGAAGGAGGGGUGGAAGACCUGGUGAGGCCCCUGCUGGCAAUUCUUGACCGUCCUGAGAAGUUGUUGCUUCUCCGAGAUAUCAGAAAUGUGAUUGCCCCUACAGAUCUUGGCCGCUUUGACAGUAUGGUGGUGCCCCUGGAGAUGGAAGCCUAUGGUGCACUCAAGAGCAGAACAGUGAGAUCACCUGCCCUCCGCCCAGCACAACAUGAAACACCCCCAAAGAGACAUCUUAUCACUCCAGUGCCUGGUGAGUUUUUCUGUUAUUUCAGGGGUAGUUUUCUUCUGAAACCAGUGAUGACCAACAGGGCAAAUGGGGAGGAGGAACACAAGGAAAUACUGAAAGAUGCCAUGGAAAGGCUGCAGCUCUCUCCCAGACAUGGACAGACUCAACCUCAAAACUAUAUUCCUCUUGCUGAUGUGCCAGUGGAUGCCUACACUCCCAACAGGGUCUCUUCCUCAGUGACCAGUAGCAAAGAACCCCUUUGGAGUCUAACUAAACCUACAAAAUCCUCAAUGAGCUCCCUACACACUGUAUCCUCUCAGGUCCAAUCCCUGGAGCAUGGACAACCUGGCAGAGGGAGGCCUCCUUCUUCAAAAUCAAGCCAUAGACAUGCUGUAGCAUGGGGACCAUAUGAGGAAAUCUUGCCUGCCAGGGAUACCCUCUAUUCUGUUAUUAAUCGACCACACAGAGCUAGGCCCCUGGUCUCACAGCUCUUCAAGGAAACCUCAGCUACUAGCAAGGUAAUGCAAGCAGAAAUGGGAGAUGAGAGCCCAGAGAACCAGCUCCAAAAUGGCCCCAGUGACAAGGAGGAGGAGGAAUAUGAAUUGGUGACUGUCAGCCUAUCCAAGAACAAGCAAUCUCUGGGCAUCAGCAUUUCAGGAGGAAUAGAAUCCAAAUUGCAGCCAAUGGUGAAGAUUGAGAAGAUAUUUCCUGGGGGAGCAGCAUCUCUGAGUGGAGAACUGGAGGCUGGCUAUGAACUGGUUGCAGUAGAGGGAGAGAGUCUACAGAAUGUAACACACCAGCGAGCUGUGGACAUAAUCCGCCAAGCCUACCGCAACAAAGCUAAGGAGCCCAUGAAGAUUGUGGUGAAGGUGCCGAAGAAAAUCAAAUAA